GCUCGUUCGGACAUUUGUAUCGAGGCGGCCGCGGUGUGACUAUCAGAGCGCAGCGCGUGGCGCAUGUCGAGGCCCAGCUCAACAAGUGCGGCCAACUAGUCGGGGAGCAGUCCGAGGGGCGUCGUCAUCCGAGGUUUACUACUUCUCGUCUAGUGAGCACAGAGACCGGAGACUCGAAUAAAAUGGGGGACGAGGUUGUGAUAUCUGGCGUGGGAGGGCACUUCCCUGACUGCGACAACCUGAAGGAGUACGGCGAAAAGCUGAUGAAGAAUUUGCAUCUCAUCAGCGAUACGGCGGGCGAAUUGCAACCAAGGUACGAUGCAGAGAUGGCGGCCACCUUCCAGCCUGACCCGGACGCGGUUCUCAACAAGGAGACGCUCAAGAGCGGCAAGAUGCGCUUCGGCGACAAAUUCGACAACACCUUCUUCGGAAUGCACGCGCGUCUGGCGGCUGCGACCGACUCCAUCACGAGACAUGUCUUGGAAAGCACCUUGGAGGCAGUAGUUGACGCGGGCUACAGCCCCAAGGACCUGCACGGCUCCAACACGGCCGUGUUCAUGGGCUACCACUGCAGCGAGUCCGAGAGCAACUUCAUCCGAGAGUCGGCGGACGGCUUCGGCAUCAUGGGGCUGAACGCGGCCAUGACGGCCAACCGGGUGUCCUACUGGCUCGACCUCAAGGGCACCAGCUUCACGCACAACACGCAGCUGGUGAGCGGCAUGCAGGGGCUGGACAUGGCGUUCCGCGCGCUCUGCCGGGGCGAGUGCGACCGCGCUAUCGUCGGCGCCGCCUCGCUCUCCUACCUGGCCGAGCUCGCCACCCACUACGACGACCUGGGCUGGCUCAGCCCCUCCGGCAGCUGCAAGCCCUUCGACCGAGCAGCCGACGGCGGCGUGCGCAGCGAGGCCGUGGUGGUGCUGCUGUUGGAGCGGCGCAAGACGGCCCAGCGCGUCUACGCCGAGGUGGUGCACACCGCCGCCGCGCUGUGCUGCGAGCUCAGCCGGUCCCAGCUGCCGCAGCUCGAGCGCCGCGUCAUCUCCCACAUGCUCAACAACUUCUACACCGAUUGCGGCGUGCAUCCCAAGGACAUCCAGUACAUAGAGGCCGACGGCUGGGGGGUGGACUACGUGGACGAGUCCGAGAUCGGCUCGCUGGACGACGUGAUCGCGAGCCGACGUACGGAGCCGCUCCUCAUCGGCUCGGUCAAGGGCAACAUCGGGCAGACCGAGGCGGCCAGCGGGCUGUCUUCCAUCUGUAAGGUACUGGUUGCCCUGGAGUCUGGCAUUAUUCCAGCCACCAUCAACCACGUCGAGCCCCACGGGAGACUCUCCGCCCUGCGUAAUGGACGCAUCCGGGUUGUGACGGAAAACACCCCCCUCCCGGAGGGGUUGGUGGCGGUCAACAACAUUGGUCUCGGCGGCAUGGUCGGCCACGUCCUGCUCCGCCCGAACAUGAAGGUCAAGCUGCCCCCGGCCAUGCCCCCCGCCGACGCCACCGAUUCCGUCGCCUUCCCCAAGCUGCUCCUCAUGUCCGGGCGCACCCCUGAGGGCCUCGAGGAGGUCAUGAAGAUAGCAGAGCUCAACGCCAACGACCCCGAGUACUUGCACCUCUUGCACGGCGCCUUCGCAUCGCACAUAUUCGGCCACAUGUACCGCGGGUACUCCAUCACGCCCAGGAACGACCAACAGCCGCCCCAGGUUAAGUUCUACACGGGCCAGAAGAGACCCGUCUGGUUCAUCUACUCCGGGAUGGGCAGCCAGUGGCCCGGCAUGGGCGAGGACCUGAUGCGCAUCCCCGUGUUCGCCGCGGCCGUGGAGCGCUGCCACGCGGCCCUCGUCCCCCUCGGCCUGGACCUCAAGCACAUCAUCACCUCCAAGGACCCCAAGAUCUACGACAACAUCCUCCACUCGUUCGUCGGCAUCGCCGUGGUGCAGGUGGGGCUGACGGAUGUGCUGCGCUCCCUGGGCAUCGAGCCGACGGGCAUCAUCGGGCACUCGGUGGGCGAGCUCGGCUGCGCCUACGCCGACGGCUGCAUCACGGCGGAGCAGAUGAUGCUGGCGGCGCACGCUCGCGGACAGGCCUCCAACGAGACCAAGCUCAUCCCGGGCAUGAUGGCGGCCGUCGGCAUGGGCUACAAGGACAUCAAGGACAUGAUCCCCGAGCCCAUCGAGGUGGCGUGCCACAACUCGGCCACGUCGUGCACCCUCUCCGGCCCCACGGCCGACUUGGAGAGGUUCGUUGCCCAGCUCAAGGACAAGGGGGUGUUCGCGCGCAGCGUCAACGUGAGCAACAUCGCGUACCACAGUCGGUACAUAAAGCCAGCCGCACCGCGCCUCCUCGAGCUGCUCAAGGGCGUGAUCCUGGAGCCCAAGGCACGGUCGACGCGCUGGGUGUCGACGUCGGUGAAACCAGGCGAGCACAAGUCGCCGGCGGCCAAGUUCGCCUCGGCGGAGUACUUUACCAACAACCUGUUGAGCUCCGUCUACUUCGAAGAGGGCUGCGAGAGCAUCGACAAGGACGCCCUGGCCAUCGAGAUCGCCCCGCACGGCCUCCUGCAGGCCAUCCUCAAGCGUUCCCUGCACGAGGACGCCGUCAACAUCCCCAUGACCAAGCGCGACUUCCCUGGCACCGCGAUGGUGCUGGACGCUUUGGGCAAGAUGUACAUGGAGGGGCUCAACCCACAGGUUAGCCGUCUGUACCCAAAGGUCGAGACUCCGGUGAGCAGAGGCACGACCUCGCUGUCACCCCUCGCCACCUGGGACCACAGGGACUCCUGGCCCGUCGCGUUCCUCAAGGCUCCCUCCGGGAGUGGCCCGCGUACAGAGCUGCAUCUGCCGCUGGCGCUCAGCACGGCGGAGCUAGCGCACCUCAGGGAAUGCUCCUGGAACGGCCACACCGUGCUCACCCCAGCCACGUGCCUCAAUCUCGUCCACACUACCGUCGGCAGCUACGCUGAAGAGGGCAUGCCGACCAUAUUCGAAAACGUCGUCUUCUACGAUCCCAUCGAGGUGCCCGAAGCCGGUACCGACGAGCUGUACGUGUUCGUGCAGCGGGGCAGCGGCCAUUUCGAGGUGAGCGUCAACAACCGUCUGCUCGCCACCGGACGCGCCUUCCCCAUGUCCGAGCAGGACUACAAGGACCACCAGGCCAAGAACAAGGACAAGCCACCGGCCACUGUGCCGCGGGAGGAGAGGUAG